CUUCUGUCUACAUUACCCACAAUUCAGUUCAUUCUCAGAACCAUUCCAAAAUUAGAAGUUUAAAUCCAAAAUAUCAUCAAAAUCUAAUCUAGAAGAGAAAAGUGGAUAUGAGACUGAUGGGAUUAGAAAAUCCACUCUUCCACACUCUCCACCAAAUGAUGGAUCUCCAUGCGGAUGAUUCGGACAAGUCGAAUAACGUCCCGUCGAGGAAUUACGUGCGCGACGCUAAGGCAAUGGCAGCGACACCAGCGGACAUUAAGGAACACAAAAACUCGUACGUUUUCAUAGUGGACAUGCCGGGUUUGAAGUCAAGCGACAUUAAAGUGCAAUUAGAGGAUGACAAUGUGCUUAUAAUCAGUGGCGAGAGGAAAAGAGAAGAAGAAAAAGAAGGGGCGAAAUAUGUUAUAAUGGAAAGGAGAGUAGGGAAAUUCAUGAGGAAAUUUGUGUUGCCUGAAAAUGCAAAUACAAAUGCCAUUUCUGCAGUUUGUCAAGAUGGUGUAUUGACUGUGACAGUGGAAAAAUUGCCUCCACCUGAGCCAAAGAAGCCCAAAACUGUUGAAGUUAAAGUUGCUUGAAGUGAUGAAAGGGAAAAUUAUAGGAGUGUUCUGUUUUGGAUUUGGAAGUAUAAUUACGCGAUAUUUCAUUGUUUGUUUUUCUCAUGGAAAUUGUUGACAAGUAUGGCGUAAUCACUUUUCAUCUUGGAUAAUUUACAUAUUGCUGUUUGUUUCCAGAACUCUAAAUCUGGUCUGAUUUUGUCAGUUUUGAUGUAACAAUGCUGUUUUAUCUUUCUUUUUUCAUGUUAAAGUGUCUUUUUUUAUUUA